CGCGACCGCGUCUGGCUACGGUCGACUUCACAACGCAACCACCAUCUGCAUUCGUUGUUCACUGUUCUAGCCAAGAUCAAAGAUGGCCUCAGUAUCUUCUCGAGCAUCUUCGCCCAUGUUCGCCAUGAGUACGGCUGAUACCGAAGGCAGCACGCCCGCAUCUAGUCCGCCACCACCAAGCUCGGACCCGGCGGAGAAGCCUCAGGAUGCCGAGGAAGAGGAAGAUGAGGUCGAUGAGGAAACGUCUGAACGACUGAAGACGCUCAAGAACAUACUCGAGAAGUCUACUCUAUUCGUGGAGGUUCUGAAGCAGCAGAUGGAUAGAGUGAAGUUGAACGGUACACGCCGUACGAUCCAAACCAAGACAACUUCGAAGAAACGGGAGGUGGCCUCCGCGGAUCACACUUCACAAAAGGCUGGCACGAAGAAGCGGCUGCGAGCCGACGCACAGGACAGCAAGGCACAUGCCCCAAAGCGCGUCAAGAUGGUUGGCGAGGAGCAGGCCGCAGAUGCGAAGGAGGCCGUGGCGGAGAAUGCGACGCCAUUUGAACAACCCGCCCUAGUCACUGGAGCGACUCUGAAAGACUACCAACUGGAAGGUGUCGCGUGGAUGGCGGCGCUACACCAGAGUGGUUUGUCCGGCAUUUUAGCCGAUGAGAUGGGGCUAGGAAAGACGCUCCAAACCAUUGCCUUCCACGCAUUCCUGCGCGAGCGUUCCUCGCUCCCUUUUCUGGUGUUGUGCCCGCUCAGUGUCCUGGAUAACUGGGUGGAAGAGUUCAAGCGGUUUGCUCCCGACAUCCCUGUGGUCAUGUACCAUGGGACACCAGUCGAACGCGCUGAAAUCCGGCAGAAGAAGAUGGUGUUCUCGGAAGCGGACAUGGAGGCGCAGAACAGGGCUAAAGGAAUCCCCCCGGCCGCUUCCUCGUCUUCAUCGAAGGAGAAAUCAAAGGCAGGGAAGAGCAAGGCGGCUGCGAAGAAUGACAGGCAUCGUGCUCACCCAAAUCAACAUGGGGUCAGCAAGGCAACGGCGCUGCAGUCGCUUCAGCGCACGAACUUCCCCGUGGUCAUUACGACAUACGAGAUGCUCAUGAGGGAUCGGGCUUACCUCGCUGAAUAUCAUUGGGGUUUUAUUGUUGUUGACGAGGGUCAUCGACUGAAAAACAUGAAAUGCCGACUGCUCCGUGAGCUCCGGAUGAUACCGUCGAGCUCGAGGAUGAUCCUCACAGGGACACCAUUGCAAAACAACCUGUCCGAAUUGUUCACACUCCUGAACUUUGUACUGCCGGAAAUGUUCAAGGAUCCGGUGGAACUCGAGGACUGGUUCAACUUUCCGCAGUUGCAAACGAACAUCUCGAGCUCACGCUCCGCUCAGAUCAUCCGUUCGUUGCACUCGAUCUUGCGGCCAUUCCUGCUUCGGCGACUCAAGGUCGAUGUCGAGGCCAACCUACCACCCAAGAAAGAGUACGUACUAUACGCGCCUCUGAGUGAGCGUCAGCGCGAGGUGUACGAUGCUAUCGCGAGCGGGAGCCUGCGCGCUCUGCUGGUGAAGGAGGCGAACGAGAAGCAGGGCCGUGCGGAGUCGGACGAGGAAGAAGAAACGCCUCUGCAGGCGCAGGCGAAGGCGAAGAAGGGUCGUGCGGGGCUACGGAGGACCAAGCGUAAGAGCUACGCCGUUGAUGGGAACGAUGAUGAGUACUUCAGGAGGCUCGAGGCGGGGGAGAUCGAGGAUAUCAGGAGGAGAGAGUCAGAGAAAAGCCAUGAAGAGCUGGCCCGCGAAUAUCACCGAAAGGCGAUCCUGUCCAAAGUGAACGGGAUGUCAUUGCAGAACAUGGUGAUGCAGCUCCGCAAGGUCUGCUCACACCCGUUCCUCUUCGACUGGCCGAUAGACCCGAAGACCCGGCAGCCGGUGAUCAACGACGAGCUGUCGACAGCGAGCGGAAAGAUGAUGGUCCUCGAACGUUUGCUCGACGAGCUCUUCACGCGGGGCCACAAGGUGCUACUCUUCAGCCAGUUCACGACGAUGUUGGAUAUCAUCGAGGACUGGGCCACGGAAUACAAAGGCUGGUCGCUGUGCCGCAUUGACGGAUCGACGUCUAUGGCAGACCGGCGAGAAGAGGUAAACAGAUUCCAAAAAAGCGGCGAUGCCGAGGACGCGCCGCGUCUCUUCCUGCUCAGCACGCGUGCGGGAGGACUGGGUCUCAACCUAGUAGCUGCAGACACUGUCAUCUUCUAUGACCAGGACUGGAACCCCCAGGUGGAUCUGCAGGCGCAAGACCGAGCGCACCGCAUCGGGCAGACGAGGCCCGUGCUCGUCUUCCGCAUCGUGAGCAAGCACACGGUCGAGACGAAGAUCAUGCAGCGCGCGAACGACAAGCGCAAGCUCGAGACGCUCGUCAUUGCCAGAGGCGAGUUCAAGGAUCCGACGCUCGCGCCGAGCCGCAACAGGAAGGAGACGAUGGCAGAGAUGGCUGCGGCACUCCUCAAGCUCGAGGGCGAGCAGAUCGAGGUCGUCCCGAGCACGGCCGCGGGCAAGGCGAGCGUCAUCAGCGACGAGGACCUCGACGUCCUGCUCGACCGCAGCCCAGAGGUCUUUACUGAGCGCGGCAGAGGCUGGACGUCCACUGGCGCGGCGAAGGACGAGAAGAAGGGCGUGAUGAAGAAGGCCGCGUUCGCUGUGUAUGAGGCCCCGGCUACGAAGGGAGGAGACUUCCUGGCGGAGAUGAUGGCUGAGGGAGAGGAAGAGGAGGCGUCGUGAAUCUUCGAUGAAGGUGGAUACCCGACGGAGAUGGAAAUGUGUGUUGCAGUGAAUUGUUUCGUCUUGCUUUGGCUUGCUCUCGCGUAGU